AUGGCUGUCAUGUCGUCCGUGCUGAAAGGUACCUUGGCGGCCUUAUGCGUGCCGCUUCUGGCCACUGCAUCCCCUACCUUCAACCAACAAGUGCUUGGGGAUGUUAGCACAGGUUUCAAGACAUUCAGUCUACCCGAACAUCCGGAUUAUUCAAUCCGCAUUCGUGAGCAAAGCGAUGAGCUGUGUAAUGCAGGCUCCAAACAAUACACAGGGUGGUUGGACACCGGCGGCAAGCACCUGUUCUUCUGCAUGAUGCUCGAGCUGGGACCAUGCUUGAUCAACAAGGAUGGCACUGGCACUUACAGGAAUAAAUUCUCAUGGACCAUGAAUUCCUCGAUGAUUUUUAUCGAUCAGCCCGCCGGAACUGGGUUCUCCUAUACAAAUGAGGGUGUAGACAUGCCCUCAGAUUCCUUUGUUGCAGCGGCAGAUACAUAUGUGUUCCUUCGCAUCUUCUACUCUGUCUUUCCGCAUUUGAAGAGUUUGCCUUUUCACAUCUCGGGCGAGAGUUACGGCGGUCACUACGUGCCCACAGUUGCAGCUGAGAUCGUCCGCUACAACACGGCACGCAUCGCUCCUGAGUUCAAGAUCCCCUUAAAGUCGAUCAUGCUAGGAGACGGAUUUGUCUCCCCGCUAGAUGUCACAUGGGGAUACUAUGAGACCCUUUGCAAGCCGAAAGCUGGAGUACCAGAACCAGUAUUCAAUGAGACACGAUGCACGCAAAUUGCAGAGGCUCUUCCGCGUUGUGUAUACCUUCAUGAGGCAUGCUAUUCAUAUUCUGAUCCCAUCCUCUGCCACGCGGCCGAUCAAUAUUGCAUUGACGAGAUCCGAAACCUCUUUGAUUUGGAGGCCGGCGGCGGUGGCCGUGAUCCCUUCGACAUCACUCGCACAUGCGAAGUGGACCAGUUCUGCUACCUAGGUGUUUUGGAUAUCGAAAGGUAUAUGAACACGCCGUCUGUAUGGUCAAGCCUCGAUGUUCCAGCACCGGUCGCAAAUUUCAGCCUAAUGAGCAUGGACAUCCACAAUAUGUUCACUGCGGGCAACGAUCUGUACGUCAAUACGGCCGAGGAGGUCCGUUAUGUACUACAGGAGGGCAUUGAUGUCCUGGUUUAUAACGGCAAUCUUGAUUUGGCAUGUAAUACGCCUGGUAACUUACGAUGGUCUGAGAGACUGCCUUGGGCCGGCCAAGCGGAGUUUGUGGCUCAAGAGUUACGGCCUUGGUACGCGACCCGAGACGGGGAGAAAGUGCAGGCGGGAACUAUGAAGGAGGUCAAGGCAUCUGUUCUCGGGAAGAAAGAGCUAGCGAGAUUUUCAUUCGUCACGUAUGACUAUGCUGGCCAUAUGGUGCCCUUAAAUCAGCCUGAGCUAUCACUUUACAUGCUCAACCAGUGGCUAGCUGGCGAAGAAUUCUAG